AGCGCACGGGCGCGCGCGCCGCCCCCCUCACGCACCGGGACCCCCGGGACCGCCACCCCCCAACUCCGUCCCGGUAUCCCCGGCAUCGGCCCCCGCGCUCCCUGGGCCGGGGGGCUGCGGCGCUGCCCCGGGGGGCGGGAGGCACAAGUCCGCGAGGAGGGAAGGGGGGCCCGGCGGGGCCGCGGAAAGUUGAGAGGAGGCCGGGGCGAGUGGGGGGCGGCGGCCCCUGAGCCCCGCGGAGCAAAUGGCGACGUGACACACACCGAGCGCGGGGCCGCCCGGCGGGAAGCGGCGGCCGCGCUCCCUCGGCGCGGCCGGGACGGGCGGCGGCUCCUUCCCUGCGUCCCUCCCUCCGCCGUGCCCGGGCUCCCCCCGCCGCCCCUCGCGGCGAGCCCCGCGCUCAGCCCUCAGCCUCCCCCGCUCUUGUUUUGCAGUGUUGCCCGUGCGAGGAGAAGUCCUGGAGCUGGAAUCGCUCGCGUAACCCUUAAAGAUGAAGGCAGCAGAUGAGCCUGCCUACCUGACAGUGGGGACUGAUGUCAGUGCCAAGUACCGUGGUGCCUUCUGCGAGGCCAAGAUCAAGACGGUGAAGAGGCUUGUGAAAGUCAAGGUGGUCUUGAAGGGGGAUAACUCAACUCAGUUAGUGCAAGAUGACCAAGUGAAAGGACCUCUAAGAGUUGGAGCAAUGGUUGAAACCAAAAUGCCCGAUGGAUCUUUUCAGGAAGCAGUUAUCAGCAAGCUGACAGAUGCCAGUUGGUACACUGUAGUUUUUGAUGAUGGUGAUGAAAGGACCUUGAGACGAACUUCAUUAUGCUUGAAGGGAGAAAGGCACUUUGCAGAAAGUGAGACACUUGAUCAACUGCCACUAACCAAUCCAGAGCACUUUGGAACUCCAGUUAUUGGGAAGAAAUCUAAUAGAGGGAGAAGGUCUUCUCUUCCUGUUACUGAAGACGAAAAGGAAGAGGAAAGUAGUGAAGAAGAGGAUGAAGACAAGAGGCGCCUCAACGAUGAAUUGCUUGGCAAGGUUGUGAGUGUGACUUGUAAUUCAGAGAAGGCAGACUGGUACCCAGCUUUGGUUGUGUCCCCGAGCUGCAAUGACGAUGUCACCGUGAAAAAGGACCAGUGUUUAGUUCGAUCCUUUGCAGAUUCCAAAUUUUACUCAAUAGCAAGAAAAGACAUUAAGGAGUUAGAUCUUCAAAACUUACCAAAAUCAGAGUCCUCUCCUAAAAAAGGGCUACAGGAGGCAAGCACCUUUCUCAGCACCAAGGGAGUUCCUCGGAACUGGAAAAUGGACAUCAGUGAAAUCCUGGAGUCCUCCAGCAGUGAUGAGGAGGAUGGAGCUGCUGCAGAAACUGAUGAAGAGGAGCCAAAAAGAGAAGAGAAAACAGAAGAAGUAGCGCCUGAGGAAGAGCUUGAUCCUGAAGAGAGGGACAACUUCCUCCAACAGCUUUACAAGUUUAUGGAAGACAGAGGUACUCCUAUCAAUAAACCACCAGUUCUGGGCUACAAGGACCUUAACCUCUUCAAACUUUUUAGGCUGGUUUAUCAGCAGGGUGGGUGUGACAAUAUUGAAAGUGGUGCUGUAUGGAAGCAAAUUUAUAUGGACCUUGGCAUUCCUAUUUUGAACUCAGCUGCUUCCUACAACGUAAAAACUGCUUAUAGAAAGUAUCUUUAUGGUUUUGAAGAGUACUGCCGUUCUGCAAACAUUCAGUUUAGGACCAUCCAUCACAAUGAACCAAAAGUGGUAGAAGAGACACAGAAACACGUGGAACCAAUGGAGGAAAGCGUGAAAGAGGAACAAAAAAUGCCCCCAACAGAAGUUAAAAAAGAAGCAGAAGAAAAUUAUUCCAGCAGUGAAAGUGAGAAAGAAGAAAUUGAACUAAGAUCCCCAAGGGGACGAAGAAGACUUGCCCGUGAUGCAGCCCCUGCUAAAAAAGAUGGUGAAGAGGAUAAAACCCAAGACAAAUUAAAAGACAGUAACAAAGAAAACAAAGAUGUAGAGGAAACACCUGAGAAUGCAGAAAAGAAAGAAAAUGAAACUCCUCUAGGGAAGAAAAGCACACCAAAGCAAAAAGAGAAGAAAAUUAAAAAACAGGAGGAUUCUGAUAAAGAGUCAGAUGAAGAGGAAGAGAGGCAGAGGGAGAGGGAAGAAAUUGAGAACAAAGGAGAAUCAGAAGGUGAAGAGGAUGAGGAGGACACAGAACCCUGCCUGACUGGAACCAAAGUGAAAGUAAAAUAUGGACGUGGAAAGACUCAAAAAAUUUAUGAAGCCAGUAUUAAAAGCACAGAGAUUGAUGAUGGAGAAGUUUUAUAUUUAGUUCAUUACUACGGUUGGAAUGUAAGGUAUGAUGAAUGGGUGAAAGCUGAUCGAAUUAUAUGGCCAGUGGAAAAAGGAGGACCAAAGAGAAAACAGAAGAAAAAAACAAAAAAUAAAGAAGAUGGUGAAAAGGAUGAGAAGAAGGAUGAGGAGAAACAAAAAUCCAAGCGUGGGCGUCCCCCUCUGAAAUCCACUCUCCCAUCCAACACGUCCUGCAGCCUCCCCAAAACGCCCAGCAGCGAAGACUCUGGUACAUCUGACAGUGAAGCAGAUGAGUCAUCUGAAAAGAAUUUGAAUGAAGAAUUUUCUCCAGAAACUUCAGAACUGGAAAAAAAUGAAAAACUCCGUGAUGAGAAGGUGGAUGAGGAAAACCCAAAGAUUUCUCAUGUGCUGAAGGAAAACGACAGGACUCAAGUACAGCCACUAGAAACACUGAAACUGGAAGUUGAGGAAAGUGAACAAAUUGUUCAAAUUUUUGGAAAUAAAACGGAUCAAAUGGAAGAAAUCAAAAGAGAGGUUGAAAAAUCACCUAAGGGAAAAGGGAGAAGGAGCAAGACAAAAGAUCCCUCAUUGGAGAAUGCAAAGAUUGCACCAGGAAGCCAGGAAGAGGUGACAAAUGAAUCUCUUACAGAACCUGAAAGGUUAGAUGUGUCUUCCUUGGACUGUAAAGACAUUUCCAGCACUACUGAAAGUGAAACAGAGCCCUCCACAAAAGAUAAGAAACUUUUGAAAAGGAAAACUUUGGAACAGGCAUCACCUGAGAAGAGAAAUCGGCGGGAGAGCGAGAUGGAAGUGCCAAAUAUUGUAUCUGAAGAGAGGACCAAUGAAUGUAGUGGAGCAGAGGAAUGUAGAGGGCUGAAUGCUGAGGAGUCCCUCAGAACUGAAAACGAGGAGAUGCCGUCCCUGGUGGCAGAGUCGGUUCCGCACGGUCCGGAGCUGAGGAAUGACAACUUCCAACGGCCAGCUGAGGCCAACGAGAGCCUUCCCUUGAAGGAUGAGGAUGACACAAUGCCUCAGAUUGGUCCUGAAACCUUGCUGUGCCACGAAGUAGACCUGGAUGACUUGGAUGAGAAGGAGAAGACCAGCACUGAAGACACAAUAGCAGAAAAGCCAGACCCCAGUGCUUCCAACUCUGCGCCCUCUGCCUUAGCCCCCGGCGUCCCCUCGAGCUUCCCGGUGGCCUCUCCCCUGGCCCUCAGCCAGGACGAGUCCCGCAGCAUCAAGAGCGAGAGUGACAUGACCAUCGAGGUGGACAGUGUGGCAGAAGAGUCUCAGGAGGGGCUCUGUGAGAGUGAGUCUGCCAAUGGAUUCGAAGCCAGCACCACCUCGAGCAAUUGCAGCAUGGCCGGGCAGGAGAGGGAGACGGGAGAGAAAGGUCAAAAAAGACCCAGUGACAGCAAUAGUGGAACGCUGGCAAAAAAGCAAAAGCGAACUCCAAAGCGAACCAGUGCUGCAGCCAAAAAUGAAAAGAAUGGAACAGGACAAAGCAGUGACAGUGAAGAUCUCCCUGUCCUGGACAGUUCCAGUAAAUGUACUCCUGUUAAACACAUCAAUGCAUCCAAACCCCAGAAGAUUUCCCGCUCCCCUGCCAGGGUGGUUUCUCCUCACAUCAAGGAUGGAGAGAAGGACAAGCACAGGGACAAGCACCACCACCAGAAUGCUUCACCCAGAGUGUACAAAUGGAGCUUCCAGCUCAAUGAACUGGACAAUAUGAGCAGCACUGAAAGGAUCUCCUUCCUACAAGAAAAGCUCCAGGAGAUACGGAAAUACUACAUGUCCUUGAAGUCAGAAGUAGCAACCAUAGACAGGAGAAGGAAACGAUUGAAAAAGAAAGACAGAGAAGUGUCCCAUACAGGAGCAUCCAUGUCAUCUGCUUCCUCAGACACUGGAAUGAGCCCCUCAUCAUCCUCUCCUCCCCAGAACGUGCUGGCUGUGGAGUGCAGGUGAUAAACAUUGCUCUGCCUUGCCAGCAGCUCGCUGCCAUGGACAUAAACCCUGAAAUUCAGCCACAGAAAGCACUCAACUGGUUGGACAUUGCCAAGUAUAUCCUGUACACACUUCCACUGCUGGACUGUACCUGUUCCCUCCUCCUACCCUCUUCUUUUGUUUAAUUUACUGUUCAGAGAACUUAAGCUCAUUGGUAACUGAAGGUUUGUAGGCACAACGUGACAUCCUUGUAUUGUGUUUGUUUUUUGUUUCUUGUUUGUUUCUUUUUGUUUUGUUUUGUUUUUUUCCUAACACAGAAGAAGGGCACUUAUCAAAUUUGCAAAGUUAUGUCCAAUGAAGCAUUCAGGUGUUCUAGGGUGAUCUUAAAAAAAAAAAAAAAAAAAAAGCAAGUGCACCAAGCAGACAUCAGAGUAUUAUCCAAAAGAACUGAGUAACUGCUGCACUUUCACCGAGCUGUGGGUAACUCUUGGUGAGUAGUUCCUCUUUGUGGAAGCACUUGCUAUACAGAACUGCCAAAGUAUGUGUUCAGCAAUGUGCCCAGUUUUAAAGCUGUAAAUGGGACAAAAUAAAUUGUGAAAGGAAGUGUAGUUGACUGAAAACUACAGUUGUAAUAAGUCUUCCACUUUUUAUAGGAUUUUUGAGCACACAAUUAUGCAAAUGUUUUAAUGUUUAUUAAUGUUUACAGUGGAAUUGUGAAUAGGUUUUCAGUGGACUAUCUUAUCCCUUGACAAAAAUAUUUUGUCUUUUUUCUAUGUAAUUUCAGAGUUUUUAUUUUGUUACAAAAAGACGAAAAAUGAAAUAUAUAACAACAAUGAAGUUAUUUAACAAGAUUUCUAAAGCUGAAAUUUUUGUGUAAAAUAAGGUAUCUUGCAACUUGUUAAAUAUAUUUAUUCAGACAUUGGAUGUUGUAUUUUUAUGUAUUUUUUAAAAUAUUAAUAAAAUUGGAAAAAAAAAUUCUAGGUUAGUUCACUCUUUGGACAAAACAUCCUUAUCAGUUCUGGCUCUUCAGGAGGAGUUAUCCAGUAGCCAAACCUGUACUUCCAAUGGGUCUGUCUACAUAUCCUCCACCACACAGAUCUGCCAGCAGGCAUCUGGGUUAAAAUAAAACUUGAUUUGGAAACUUUGGCAGUCCUAGUACUUAACCUUGUUUGGAGGAACAAAAUUUAUUGGGUUGCCCUUAAGAUGCUUUGUCACAAGUUCUUGUGUUUGCUGUACUGCCGAAUAAAUUUAUAUCUCCCAAAGUUGAGAUGCACCAAUAAAGUAAAAGCAACUGUGUGUGCUCUGCCUGUGGAUUGUCCCACGGGCAGAUGCAGCUUGUAAAUAACUCUUCCAAACCCAUGUAUUUAAAGCAGUUUGCAUAUACAUUAUGUAUAAAAAGUGAUUUUUUUAAACAAUUUUUUUAUUCAUGUUUGUACAUUGAAAGGGGGUCUGAGCCCCUUUUUCUGUGUUUAAUAUGCUGUAGAGUAAUAACAUAGAUGCUCUAGACUGUAUAUCAGGAUAUUCUGGUUCCACACAGCAGAAGGUCAGGAGGAAACACUAGUGAUGGCGUAGCAUUACUAAAAUUGAUGUUUCUUGAAAUUUCAUUUUACAGCAUUUGUCAACUUGUGAUUCCAAUUCCUUCCAUUUUCGCAGAAAAUUAAAGAAAAAGUACUCUUGUAAAUGCACUUUUUCUGUCUUUUCUUAAGCAAAGCAGAACUCUUUCAAUGUAAGAUAAAUAUGGAGCUCACUAGACAGCGCUAAUAAAGGCCAUGUUUUAAACAUA